AUGGCACCCAAAAAAGACAAGCAAAAAGAAUCAGCCAACCAACCUAAGCCAUCUCAGUCGCUCCGAAUCCUUCCCCCAUCCAUGAGUCAAAAUAAGCCAGAAACACCCAAACAGUUGGUCCCUUUUCCUGGUUACACCCCAAUCUCAGUUGCCACACCAAUAUCAGUUGCUAAUAAAUUCUCUGCUUUAGGUUCCACAGUUGGCCAAAUUCGCCCCAGUUAUCAGUCAACCCUAAUCUCCAGUUAUGAUCCUUUUUCAGUUGAUCCCUCAGUUGGUCCCUCAGUUGCCUUCAAGAAGACAUCUCCCUAUAUGCCCAAAAGUAACUCUCACAUGUUUGUUGUUGAGCCUGUCUAUGAUAUUCAUUCUGACCCAGUUGACAUAGCCAAACACUAUUUUCCUCCAGGAUUUCAUUAUAUGCCGCCCAGUCCAUACAAGUCUCUCAAGUAUUAUAGAGAUAUAUUACUUGAAACCCAGUCAGUUGAAAUUAAGCCAAUAAAGGAUCGAGAUCACCCUGAGAUCAUCCUUUAUCAUUCCCUCUAUAUUCACAAAGUCCUAAGUCAAGAAUCUUUCAGUAGCCACCCUUAUGAGUUGAAACCCCUUCAGUCAAAAUUGCAAUAUAAUUACUCUGAUUAUAUUGAAGCCUGGGAUCCUAUUCCGCAUCCAGCAUCCCCCACUGGUUCAACCCGAUCUUCUAUUUCAGUUGAAGGAAAAUCGAAGUCUGAACUCCAAGAAAUUGCCCGCCAGUUAAUAAUUCAAGCCUCUCAAAUGGAUGAUGAUGAAGACAAUGAUUCUCUUUCGUCGUCUAGUUGCCAGCCCAUGCAGAGCCCUGCUAAGCCUAAGUCUUGGUAUAAAGAUAGUCAAGACCCCUAUGAUGCCUAUGACCUGAACUCUGAUUAG